GUUUGCAGGUAGGCUGGGUGAAGGAGCUCAUUUGCACACUGGCUUCGGAGGGGAUUGCACUCUCACACAGACACAAACAUUGAAGAACCCAGUCACUUAGGGGAGACAGACCACAUACAGCCGCCAAGAUGUGUGACAUGGGGGGACUGGAUAACCUGGUGGCCAACACGGCCUACCUGAAAGCCCAAGGUGGGGAUGACAAGGAGAUGAAAAAGCGGCGCCGCAGCUUGUCCCUCCCCAAGCCAGAGCAAUGCGCUAGUCUCAGGACCUCCAUCGAAAAGGACUUCUCAUUACUUUGUGAAAGGCAGCCUAUAGGGAAAAAGUUUUUCAGAGAUUAUCUGGGUAAUAACCCUGAGUUUAAACUUGCAGCUGAGUUCCUGGAUGAGUUGUACGACUGGGAUCUGUCAGAAGGUGCAGCAAAAGACAAGGCACGUCAAAACAUUACGAACAAGUACUGCAAACCUGACUCCAAGACCUUCCUGUCCUUUCUAACCGGGGAGCCGUCUGAAAAAUGCAAGACUGUCACGGAUGCCACCUUUGACGAGGUGAUGAAAGGGAAGGUUCAGGACGGUGUACGGGAAUUUCUGAAAAGCAAACCAUUUUCAGAUUACCAGGCCAGCCCCUUCUUUGAUAAAUUCCUUCAGUGGAAAGAGUAUGAGAAACAGCCCAUCAGCGACAAAUACUUCUACGAGUUCAGAACUCUGGGAAAAGGAGGCUUUGGAGAGGUGUGUGCUGUCCAGGUUAAGAACACGGGUCAGAUGUAUGCUUGCAAAAAGUUGUGUAAAAAGCGGCUGAAGAAGAAGGGAGGUGAGAAGAUGGCCCUGUUGGAGAAGCAGAUCUUGGAGAAGGUCAACAGCCUAUUUCUGGUCAACUUGGCCUACGCUUACGACACCAAGACCCACCUGUGCCUUGUCAUGACCCUGAUGAAUGGAGGAGACCUCAAAUACCACAUUUACAACAUAGGCUACGAUGGCAAGGGUGUGGACAAGGGCGUGGAAAUGAAGCGCAUCAUCCAUUACACGGCGCAGAUCACCACCGGCAUCCUACAUCUGCAUGCUAUGGAUAUUAUAUAUCGUGACAUGAAGCCUGAGAACGUAUUGCUGGACAGCCAAGGCCAGUGUCGACUGUCAGAUUUGGGUCUGGCCAUCGAGAUUGUUCCAGGGAAGACCGUCACUCAGAUGGCCGGUACAGGAGCAUACAUGGCUCCCGAGUUACUGACCAAAACACCCUACCGGACGUCGGUGGACUGGUGGGCCCUGGGCUGCAGUAUCUACGAGAUGGUGGCCGGCUACACGCCAUUUAAGGGCCCCGAGAGCAAAAAGGAGAAGGUAGAGAAGGAGGAGGUGCAGCGCCGUAUUCAGAACGAGGAGCCAAAGUGGGAGCACAAGUGCUUCGAUGCUCCCACCAAAGACAUCAUCCAGCAGUUCCUCAAGAAGAAAAUAGAGGAGCGUCUGGGCAUGAAGAACGACAUGGAAGACCCAAGGAAGCACGAGUGGUUUAAGGCCAUCAACUUUCCCCGCCUGGAGGCGGGGCUGGUGGACCCUCCCUGGGUGCCCAAACCCAACGUCGUGUACGCCAGAGACACCGGCGACAUCGCAGAGUUCUCCGAGAUCAAAGGCAUCGAGUUCGACGCCAAGGACGAUAAAUUCUUCAAGGAGUUCAGCACAGGCGCCGUGCCCAUCCCCUGGCAGCAGGAGAUGAUUGAGACCGGACUGUUUGAGGAGCUCAAUGAUCCCAACAGGAAAGAGGGCGGAGGAGGCGGCGAUGAUGAGAAGAAGUCUGGCACAUGUACACUGCUGUGAGCGGGCACUUUGGGCCAUCUGAUACCUGAUCAUGCUCAGUAAUUUGUUUUCUCAGUCUCGUGCACAGUAACAUUGGUAUAUACUGUAUAUUAAAAAAGGAUUAUGUCUUAUGGGAGGCAAGGACAGCAUCUUUGUUGAGAAAGGCAUCCAGGCCCUUGUAAGGAUGUUCGUGAAGCAAAGUUUGGUCAAAUACAAAAGAUGCGAUGAUGUGUUUUUUACACAUCCUUCCUGGUUUAUAUCUUCUCCUCAAGACAUUUAUAUCUUAUUUUGUAGAUUUGCAACCACGCAGACCAAAAAAAAGAGUUUUUCACUAGUGAGCCCAGCGUUAGAGUUUCUGGGAUAUAAACAUUUACUUCAUGUUAUACGAGUAUUUACAGGAUUACUUGAUGAAGAAGUGUUGGAAAAAACAAAAAACAAAACUCAAGUUUAAUAAUCUAAAUGGUCCUCAAGACCUUGAAACAUUUGUUCACGUAAAGCGUAUCAUUCUGUAGCUCCUUCAUGCCACUUGUAGACGCCUCACACGGCAACACUCUUUCUGCAAAAGUGCUUUUCAGCCACAUUUUGAAGAGACAUUUGUAGCUUUUGACGAUAUGUUGUGAUCCCAAACCUCACAAUUACGACUGAUCACAGCAUUUACACGCAGGUGGCCAUCCAUCUGGCUGACAUGUUAGUUUUAUAAACCUAUAAAAAGGAAUUGUAUGUAUUGUACAUAAAAGAAAUGUAUCUAUAUUUAUGCACAGAGAAAGGGAAAGAUGUUGUGAAUCUAGGAUUAUUUAAGGAAAAAGAAGAAUGCUGAAGACCUCCACGCUGAGUCCACUUGCGGUUGCUGCUUUUGAGGCUCCAAGGGAGCGAGGGAGAGGAAGGAAACUCAAGCCCGGGGAUGGUGGGGGGCAGAUGAGCGCAGAAGCAGCAGCUCGCCGCUGCAUGAGAUGGAGGAACAUUUAGAGGAGUUGGGCAACAAAUUCCUGUACCAGGAAUUCUCUGUCCAUGGCCCUGAAACUGAUCAUUCAGGGCUCUUUUUGUUGUUUUUUUUUAGGUUGAAAUGAGAGUGAAUAACUCAAAUUAGCCAGAUGCUUAUAAAAAAAGAAAAAAGAAAA